AUGAUUGUUAAUACUGCGAGGGCCUUCCCCGUUCAUGUACGAACUUCUUUCACACUACACUGUCAGACAUACGAAACUCGAUCAAUUUCCCUUCACAACCAACCGUCAAUGGCAUCGAUGGGCCGGGAAAAGUACAGUCUCCGUCGGGAGAUCACGCGCGCUACUCAGUGGCCAAACAAAGAGAAAGGAAAGACAGCCGAAGGAGACUCCGUAAAAUUCGUUCCAGCCGCGGCUAUCAAAAAUCUCACCACCGAAUCAAUUGUGAAAAGGGCUCUAGGGGAACUCAGCCACGAGGGCAUCUUGAGGCGCAUUUGCAGUAUCGACCCCCCUGUCAAGAAGAUCUUUCUGAUUCUAGCUCGGGCUGAGAUGCUGAAUAUGGUCGAGAAGUUCAUUUUUAGCAACUUUUCAGAUCAAGAUCUACCGAUACGUAUUUUCGAAGAUGACUCCGCAUGUGUCGUGCAGUCAGCGCAGCCUUCACGCUCAUCAGACAACCUCUUGUGGGACAGCGGGCUUACCUACCCCUACAUGGAGCGGUUUGUAAUCCAGCAGUGGCAGUUCCUGUCGCCCAUCUUUGGAAAGGGGUUCAAAUUCGAAUUGCGACCGGGUAUCGCCUUGCCAUUAAUCGAAAAAGAUGAUGGCGCCCCCGCAGGGUUCAGCGUCGUCUCCAGAGUCAAGGUGCACCCUUCUCAUAUCUCAAAAGAGCCAUCAGACGUCCUGGCCAUGAAGGAACUCAACUUGGAUAUCGACGAUCAAGCUGAGUGUCUCGUUCGAGAGAUGCCAAAUCUGACAUCCUUGCAACACCUGGACCACGAUCAUCUCAUCAAACCAGUUGCCAUCUGCACUAGGGAGAAACGGGCUUUCUUUUUCUUCCAAUGGGCAGACGGGGGAGACUUAUACAAGUUCUGGAAAAAGCACGCCCCAGAUGGCCGCAUUCCUUGGAUGUUGGAUCAAAUGAUUCAUCUCAGCGAUGCGCUGACUUUGUUGGCCUCUUGGAACUGUCGACAUAGCGAUCUCAAACCGCAGAACAUCCUACUUUUCCAUGAUGACACAAACAUCGGCACUCUCAAGAUCACCGACGUCGGUAUUUCCAAGUUUCAUAUUUUGGCGACCAGCAAACGAGUAAAGGGAACGACCGCCAAAAGCGCUACAGAGAGAUAUAGCCCACCAGAAUUCCACCGGCUGAGUGAUGAUAAACUUAGGGAUCAUGUCGAGGGCCCUGACAGCCCAAAACUAUCCCGCAGAUUCGACAUUUGGUCACUCGGCUGCAUCUUCGUCGAGUUCAUCAUCUGGGCUAGGCUCGGCAAAGGUAUGUACAAGAGAUUCGACGAUGAAAUGCAAAAUUCCGCAAAAUUCUGGGAGCUUGAGCCUUCAACUCCCGUGCCCCCAGAUGUUGAACCUCGUGCUCCCCAAGACUUGUCACACUAUCAUGUUCACAGAACAGUGGAGACGUGGAUCAAGUACCUACAGCGGAAACUUUCGCAGACACGAGACGACACCAUUUUCCGAGAAAUCCUUGGUCUGGUCGAGAAGAGCAUGCUUGUGGUCGACUACAAAAAGCGGUGCAGUGCGUCGGAAGUGCAUGAUCGUUUGAAGGCGAUACAAGAUCGCAAGCAGCAGCUUUCUAACACGGGUAACACGGCAACGCUGGAGGUCAAUUUCGACGAGGUUGAACCUUUUGCUAACUCGGAGGGGUUAACAACCACUACGGUUCCCCAGGACAACGUAGCGGCCCAAAGACGUCAAAUUGCCAAGCUGCGCGAUCGAUGGACGGUUACUACAGACAACAAGCCCGCUGAGGCGUUCUUCUCUAGGGCUGUUAUUCCGGUCCCUAGAAAGAGUAGCGCGCUGUGUCCCGUGUGUUCAACGUUUCGCAUCUGGGAGCCUGAGUCCAAAAUAUCUGGGAGCGUGGGAGGCUUCAAGGCUAGAUCCACCACGUGCGGCAUGUGUAAACUGCUAUACUCCGUUUCAAAGAGAGUAGGCCUCAGGGAAAAUGAACAUCUGCGCUGCGUUCGAAAUGGAUCGACUAUGAACUUCGAGAACCAACCAGUCUUGUCCCUGUUUGCUGAUCCCGACAGUCCUCUGCAAUACCAGCUCCUUCGCCAGUGGCUCCAUGUCUGCGACACCGAACAUGGCCACAACCCUGAGGCAUACAAGGAUUCUCUGCAAAUGCCAACGCGACUUAUCCACAUUGAAGACUCGAGAGAGCGCUUAGAUGUCAUCCAAGGAUCUUCCUCUUUGCGCUAUGCUGCUCUGAGCCACUGCUGGGGUAACAGCCCCAAGCUAUGUACCUUGACCAGCAACUUGGAGGCAUUCCGCAAAGAGAUCCCCCACAACCUUCUCCCUUUAAACUUCCAGGAGGCUAUCAGGGUAGCAAGGGCGCUAGGGAUCCCAUACCUUUGGAUAGACUCUUUGUGUAUUGUCCAAGACGACUUGGCGGACUGGGAGCGGGAAGCUGGCCGGAUGGGCCAGGUAUUCAGCAACGCAUACUGCACUAUCGCAGCGACCUCGGCGGCCGCGUCCGACGAGGGUUUUCUCGCUCGCCAAACGGACCCACCACUUUCUGCAGCGAUCGAAGCUCCCGGUGGGGGAAUCCUCCAUGUUUCCGAAUUCAUGGAGGACUAUCACCAAGACUUGGAGCUGGCACCAUUAAACACUCGCGGGUGGGUGUUACAGGAACGCGCGUUGUCGAGGAGAACUCUUCAUUUCACUAAGACACAAGUUUAUUGGGAAUGUGGAGCGGGAGUACACUGCGAACGACUUUUCAAGUUGUCGAACCCACAAGCAACUCUCUUUGCAGACUCGGAUUUCCCGCAGGCCAUUCUCAAACACUUCAAAGGCGGCAGAAUCACUCUGUUCCAACAUCUUUACCAGACAUACUCGCGGCUCUCUUUCAGUCACAUAUCAGACCGUUCCGUUGCCAUACUCGGUCUUGAGAAACGCCUUCUUGACGCGUUCCAGACCCGUGGCGGAUUUGGCAUCUUUGAGGUAUACUUGGCUCGGAGUCUGCUCUGGUCUCGACAGGAAGACGUGUUUCUAAAUCUGAUUCCGUGCACGAAGAGCCGUCCUCCUCCAUCUUGGUCGUGGAUGGCUUACCAGGGUCCUAUCACCUACAUGGAAAUUCCUUUCGAUCAGGUUGACUGGACCACUGACUGUGUCUUUCCAUCCGAUUCCGAGAUUGCCACGAACACUCAAGGACCUGCGUUGAAGACACUGGCGAGGGAACUGACCAUGAGUCGUCUAGACCUCAUUCACAGAGUCAAACUUGAUCAACAGGCUGAGAUUCGAGUCUCAGAUUUGCGGGGGGUCGUACUUGGCAAGGACAAACGCCGAGAAUCGCGGGAGCCUAUGCACUACGUCCUUCUUAUCACACUUUCCAGAGAUCAGUUAGAGGGAAGGGAGGUUUAUGUCCGAGCAGGUGUGGCCUGGCUCCUUGAACACAACGUAGCACCAGUUUCAGAAGAAGUAGAGGUUUACUAG